CCCGUCCCGUCCUGUUCCGUUCUAUUUUACUUAAGUCCACAACUUGCAUUCCGUCUGCGCAGAAGCCUUUAUUAAAAGUUUAUUCUCCCCAUUCUAGUCCGUUGGAUCGAUCCCCUGAUCUUGUACAAGAUAUCCUACAGCUCUUGUGUUCAGGUGGAUCGAUGCAGCAUUUUGCCUCGCUUUUGCCCUUCAUCUCCUCGCUCGCGGCGUUAAAUUUGGUAGAGUUUUGACGCACUUUUGAGAAAUUUGAGGUUCUGAGGUCGAAACUGGAGGCGUUCUGCAGCGGCUUAGCAAUCCAAGCCGUAUAAACUUCAUUUGAGCGGUGUCUUUGCUUGAGAUUUUUUUGGCUUCGAUAUUACUAUGGAGAUCUGUAUGAUAUAGUUCUUCACCAAGCUUGUCUAUUUGUUAGGGAAGAAAUUUCGCAGCCAUAGCUCCGAGGGGGUUUAGCUUGAAAAUUCCCUUUCCAACAAGGGAUAAAAUGACGGUUAAUGUUGUCCGGGAUUCCAGCGGACUGGAGAAGAUAAUUUUGACGGAGCCAAGGGGAUCCUCUGCUCAGGUCCUGCUCUAUGGCGGUCAAGUUAUAUCAUGGAAAAAUGAACACGGAGAAGAACUUCUGUUUUUAAGUAACAAGGCACUUUUCAAGCCACCAAAAGCAAUAAGAGGAGGUAUACCUAUUUGCUUCCCUCAGUUGGGUAGUUUUGGGUCAUUGGAGCAGCAUGGCUUUGCAAGGAAUAGGACGUGGGCAGUUGAUAGUAGUCCUUCACCACUGCCACUUGCAAAUAACAAAUCAACCGUUGACCUCAUUUUAAAGCCCACAGAUGAAGAUAUGAAGAUAUGGCCCCGCAGUUUUGAACUGCGGCUACGGGUGUGCUUAGGCCCUGGAAAGUUGGUGUUAAUUCCUCGUGUGAGAAACACUGAUACCAAGCCUUUCUCCUUCACAUUUGCCUUGCAUACUUAUUUAUCAGUGUCAGACAUCAGUGAAGUGCGAGUAGAGGGUCUGGAAACUCUUGACUAUUUUGACAACUUAAAUGAGAAGAAGCGAUCUACAGAGCAAGCUGAUGCUAUUACUUUUGAUGACGAGGUCGAUCGUGUGUAUUUGAGCACUCCAACUAAGAUUGCCAUCAUUGAUCAUGAGAAGAAAAGAACCUAUGAAUUAAGGAAAGAGGGGUUGCCUGAUGCAGUUGUUUGGAACCCAUGGGAUAAGAAAUCCAAAGCUAUUCCUGAUUUUGGUGAUGAAGAAUACAAACAGAUGGUUUGUAUUGAAGCAGCAGCAGUGGAGCAUGCUAUAGUCUUGAAGCCAUGUGAGGAGUGGAAAGGGCGUCAGGAACUCUCCACGGUUUCAUCAAGUUACUUUAGUGGACAGUUAGAUCCAUUACGGGUUCUUCAUGGCUGAAACACUCGAUCUUGUGCCCCUGAUGGCUGAAAGUGGUAAGCAAAUGACCAAAUCUCUUAAAAAUGAUCCAGCUGGUGAGAUGGAGUUCCAUGUCAGGGGGUGAUACACUAAUAUAUACUUGCUAUAGGUGUCUAGAGCUCCAUUAUAGGAUGUAAAAUUUCCCAGUGGGGCUCUGUUAUAGGUUGUAAAAGUGUCUGUGAAAUAGUAUACAUCUGCAUAGUAUAAUGAUUACCAAUAAUGUAUGCAUAGUAAAUGUACUCUACUUUGCAGUGGACAAAUGGUGAAAUUGAGCAGCUGCGCAAGUUUAUUAACUCUAAAGCUAGUUGUCAUUUAUGCCUAGUGCAUCAUGGCUUGGCAGAUCAUUUGAAGUUUUGAAUGAAUAUAAAUUAGAUUUGUCUUGCAAAGCACAGGGUGCAUUUGACAGCAUAUGAAAUGCCAAAUUGCCUAUCACAUAGUUUAUAUAUGUGAAGCAAUUAGAUUGUAGAAAAACUGAGAAUUUCUCUGAUGUGUAUGUCUAUUAUAAUAAUAAAUGCACGGCCUUAUGAUUUA